AUAAUGAGGACGUAAAAAGGAAAAUGAUUUCAUGUUUCAAUCUCAGUAAACGGAACUCUAGUUUCUUUUGAAAGUUCAUUUUUACCAAAAUGGCCAGUUACAGGUUUCAUUUAUUCGUUUUGGCAAUUAUUUUCGCAGCUGCUUUAUCGGUAUCAUCAGCAGAUGGCAUCAAGGAAGAGGACUCCGAUCCAUACAAACAGAUUCCAUCAGCCGCAAUAAAUCCGCAAGAAUACGAUAUCGGUUACUGGCAGAACAAAGCGUUGAAAACUCUAGACAACAAAUUACAAAAAUUGAAUGAAAACAGGGCCAAAAAUGUAAUAUUUUUCUUAGGAGAUGGCAUGUCUGUGGCGACUAUCACAGCGUCUAGAAUGUACAAAGGACAGCUCGAGAAUAGAACGGGAGAAGAAGGGCAUUUGUUUUUCGAGAAGUUUCCAUUUGUUGGACUAUCUAAAACCUACUGUGUCGAUAGACAAGUACCUGAUUCAGCCUGCACAUCGACAGCUUACAUGACCGGAGUGAAAACGAAUUUCAAAGGAAUAGGAAUUACCGCCAAAGUACAGCAGACGGAUUGUAAAGGAGCGAAACUUGAGGCCAAUCGACCUUCGUCCAUAGUACAAUGGGCUCAAGAAGCAGGCAAAGCGACAGGAGUAGUAACGAAUACCAGAAUCACACAUGCUUCUCCUGCUGGAGCAUAUGCUCAUAUUUCGCACCGAGAUUUUGAAUGUGAUAACGAUAUCGUCGCGCUCAAAAUGGAUAAAACGUGUACGGAUGACAUAGCUAGGCAACUAAUUGAAGAAAAUCCGGGUAAAAAUAUAAAAGUAUUACUGGGAGGAGGCCGAAAUAAAUUCCUACCCAAGAGCAAUCCUAAUUCAACUCACGGUACCGGAAGCAGAAUUAGUAAAGAUUUGAUCGCAGCUUGGAAACAAGAUAAACUGAAUCGAAAAGAAAAUGCGGCCUAUGUCACAAAUAUCGUCGAACUGGAUAAAGUAAACCCAGAAAACACUGAUUAUUUAUUAGGUUUAUUCAACCCCGAACACAUGGAAUACCACUUGGACGACGCCAAAGAAGAACCACCCCUAUGGAAAAUGACCGAAAAAGCCAUCAAAAUACUCCAAAAAGAAAAAAACGGUUUCUUCUUGUUCGUCGAAGGAGGUGAAAUCGAUAUGGCUCAUCACGAAGAUCAAGCCAAACGAGCUCUCGACGAAACAUUAGAGUUCGAUAAAGCAAUCGAGACGGCAGCCAAACUGACCGAUGAACAAGAUACUCUGAUCGUGGUCACCGCCGAUCACGCUCAUACGAUGACCAUCAAUGGAUAUCCUUACAGAGGGAAUAAUAUCUUGGGACUUUUUGGAAACUCUAAAGAUGGAUUACCAUAUUCGACUUUGAGCUACGCUAAUGGACUCGGCUAUCGUAAAGAGUCCUUUCUCGGAGGCAGAUAUAAUUUAGACAAGGACGAUACAAAUAAUAAAGACUACAGAUUCCCAGCAAUGGUGCCAAAGAAGAAGGAGACCCAUGGAGGUGAAGACGUCGCUGUGUACGCUCGAGGACCUUGGGCACAUCUCUUCACCGGCAACUACGAACAAAAUUAUAUUCCUAUCGCCGAAGCAUACGCAGCCCAAAUAGGACCAGCUGCCACAACAAAACAAGACACCAGACAAGAUGUUAAACCGAAUGCAAGUUCAUCCGUUUCAAUUUCGGUCAACAUUUUAUCACUUUUAAGUUGCUUUUUGAUAACUUUAAUGGUUAAAUUUCACAAAUUUUAAGAAACAACACUUCAAACACACGAUAAUAGCGAAAUAAAAGACAUACUCGAUCUUC